GUGUCAUUAACCAGAAAUAUAUAAUAAUAAUAAUACACGACGCCUGAGACGGAGACCAAGUUCAGAACCAUCUCGACACGCGAGGGCGCAGUCACUCAUAUUGAAUAAUGGCGGCUUGCAGGGAGUUACGUGAGGAACAUGCUAAAAAAUUCUUGGAUUCCAUUGACACGGUUCUGUUUGAUUGCGAUGGGGUGAUAUGGGAUGCCACUGAUGAAAUACCAGGCGCAAAAGAGACGCUAAGGAAGCUGAAAGAACUGGGAAAGCGGAUAAUUUUCAUCACAAACAACAGCACCAAGUCGAGGAGUCAGUAUGCAAAGAAAUUCACCCAACUUGGCUUUGAAAGCGUGCCAAAGGACCACAUCUUCUGCACGUCUUUUGCCACCGCACACUACCUGAAGGAGAAGCUGAAAUUUGAGGGCAAGGUCUACUUGAUCGGGGAGGAGGGCCUGAAGGAGGAGUUGACGGAGUAUGGCAUUAGCUUCACGGGACCUGGGCCCGACCCUGUUGUGGGACCACAGAAGGACUGGCUACAUAUACCACUAGACCCUGAGGUUAAGGCCGUAUGCGUGGGGUUUGAUCGCACCUUCAGCUAUUUCAAGAUUCUCAAGGCGGCGUCGUACUUGAAUAAUCCAAACCUUCCUUUCCUUGCAACCAACUGUGACAAGAGGUUUCCCCCUCAUCUCGGUUACGAUAUUGUUUUGCCAGGUACCGGAUGCAUCAUCAAUGCAGUGAAGACUGCAGCGUUGCGAGAGCCCAUCGUUUUGGGGAAACCAAACACUUACCUGUUUGAGUGCAUACAACAGAGCAUCAAGGAGGUCGACCAGUCUCGGACUGUGAUGAUUGGCGACAACCUCAACACGGACAUCCCGUUUGGCCAUAACUGCAGCCUAAAGACCCUCUUUGUCCUGACUGGGAUCUCCACGCUGGAGGAAGCGCGGCACUUCCAGGCUAGCAACUCCCUGGAGGAUCAAAAGAAGGUGCCCGACUUCUACCUGCCUUCCAUCAAGGAGCUAGGCGAACUGAUCGACAAAGUGCAAUAGGUGGCAGACAUAUGUAUAUUUUGGAUUUACUGUUGCAACCCUGGUGCGCUGUGUUCAGCAACCGUACGUGCCACCGGGUGCCCGCUCCAAAGAAUUGAGUAAUACAUCACAUGUUUCAGUUACCCAUGCAUUCAACACAGCAAGCGUCUAACCUUUUUCCGCCAGAACCAACACGGAGACAUGCAAUGGCAUAGAGGGUUUGCAUUAGAUUUUCAGUUGAAUGGGCUCAAAGACAUGUAAUGGCAUGACCAGCAUGCACUUAAUUGUUUCAGCAGAAGUAGUACAAAGAUAUGGACAUCAUUUGGAGGUUAUGUAUUACAACUGGUUUUCCAGUUGAAUGUGCACAAAGCAUGCAUUUAUCACACAGAUGGUGUGCAUUGGAUUUUCAGGAGAGUGGGUACAAAGAUAUUAUAUGCAAGUGACCCUAAGUGGUUUUUCAGUCAAAUGUGCACAUAAACAUGCAUUAUCAUGCAGAACACCAAGAAUCCCCCAUGGCAUUAUUUUGUACUUUAGCAGUUCAGCUUGGGAGCAAUGAUGCUCAAGGAUUCCGUCAGUAAAGUUAAUUUUCUGUAUAUUUACCACCUAACGCUUUCUUUCAUAUUUGACGCUUAAUCCCACACCAUCAUGAAGAAGAUGGCUUAAUGUCGUCUGACCCCUCAAAGGGUUAGACAAAAAGCCAAGACUGCCUACAUGUCAUUUUCAGUUAAGAACGGUAUUAACCUAACCGCCGUACACCAAUAAUGUAAAUAACGACAUGAUAAAAGCUUUUUUAAAAGAAUAAUCCCUUAAAAUGGAAUUUCUGGGGAUGACUUCGCACUGAAUCAAGAAAUACUUCAUGUUCUAAUUCUGGUCUUCAAAGUGAUUCACGCUUUCCCGUAUUGCCCCUAAGAAGUGACACGCGUAUGUUUUGAAUGUUUCGGUUUGCUGUAUUGUUUUGUAGUUGAUAUCUCUCCUUUGUUGAACUACAAUUUCGUUUGUUCAAAAUCUACUAAGGUCUUGGGCCUCUGGUUUUCAAACUUAUAUCUUGCUCGCUCCAGAGCAGCCCGUUGCUCCAAAGAAACUAACCCAUGUUAACCUCAUUCGUAGUCAAAAGAUCUGGUUCCCCGAAGCCAAAUCAUUGUCCUGAUGAUGAGUUGGUAGGGCACCUGGCUGUGACAGCCACGUGGUCGGUCGUGUAGCAGCGUUUGCGGCAACACACGGGCCCGUUUUUGCGCUAAAAUCGGUAACUGUUUUUCUUUUACGAAUGCAUGUGUAAAAUUAUGUUCUUACAUGUAUACGCUAUAGGCACGAGGGUUACAAUAAAAUUUCUCUUAAUUAAUGUA